UCGAUCAUCACCCGCGGAAGUUUGUACGGAGAGAUUCGGAGUGCUGUCAGUUAUUUUAAAAAAGAAAUUUUUCGGCACGAAUUUUGUUGUUUCGCGUGUUGCCUCGAGAACGAAGACGAAAGACAAAGAGAAAAAUAAUUUUAAAGGAUGAAUUUUGCAUCGAGAACAACAAAGCUCGCAUGAAGUGCUAGCACCUGACAGCUAACGUUAAUAGUAUUGUGUAGCUUGUUGUUAAUUUAAUUUAUUUUUUAUCGCUCGUAAACUUCAUAAACAGCCUAGGAAAGGAUCACAAAACGAUUUAAGCUGCAAUUUAGCAGCUGGCCUGCUUUUAUUAUAAGGUUCAUCAUGCUGGGAGAUUGUGGCAUGAAAGAGUGGGAGAGACUAGCACUCAGGAAGAACUCUGUCACAAUUCUGCAGGACUUGGUGGUGGAUGAUCUGCUGAUCCAGUGUCUGCAACAAGAUGGAAUCCUUACAGAAAACAUGGCUGAAACCAUUAUGGCUAAACCAACAUCCCAGGGCAAGAGUCGUCAUUUGUUGUUCCUUUUGCCUAAACGUGGCCCUCGAGCCUUCAGCAGCUUCUGUGCUGCUCUUACGGCGACAGAGCAACAGCAUCUCUGCAGACUGAUCAUGGACUUCACUGAGAAAGACAAAAGCUAUUCAGAGCCAUCGCUGUCCCUUCCAACUCAGGAAUGUGUUAUACCUUCGAAAAGAGCCCGGACUCAAGAGUCCAUGGAGAUGUGUUUGGAUGCCGACUCUCCCGUGACCACAGCUGUUAUUCCCUGCACGCCGGAAUUUUACCAGUCCCAUAGAUCACAGGCUUACCCGAUGCGCUCCUGCCCGCGAGGACUGGCCCUGGUACUGAGUAACGUGAGGUUUGACUCAGCUAACACGGAUUUAGACGUCCGGAGGGGAGGAGAGGUGGAUGAGGAGACGCUGAGGAGACUUUUCAUGGAAAUGGAUUUCACAGUCAGCCUGCACAAAGACCUAACGGGAGAGGCAAUGCGCAGGUGCCUAGAGCAGUUUGCCCAGCGGCAGGAGCAUGCAGAGUAUGACUGCACUGUUGUGUGUUUACUGUCACAUGGAGUUGAGGGAUCUGUCUACGGCACUGAUGGACAGCUGCUGGAGCUGGACUGGGUGUUUGAGGUUUUUGAUAACGCCCGCUGCCCUCUGCUCCAGAAUAAGCCAAAGAUGUUCUUCAUUCAGGCUUGUCGAGGAGAGGAGAUGGACAACGGCGUGGACCAGUUGGAUGGUCAGGAACGGACUCAAUCUCCAGGCUGUGAACAGAGGGAUGCUGGCAGAGAGGGGGAGAGAGAUGACAAAGAGAGGGAGGAGAAAGACAGGGAGAGGCUGAGAGUCAAACUGCCCCAGAGAUCCGACAUGAUCUGCGGCUUUGCCACCCUCAAAGGUUUCAGCACUGCUGCAAUGAGAAACACCAAGAAAGGGUCCUGGUUCAUUCAGGAACUAAACAGCGCAAUCAGACAGGGAGCCAACGACACACAUCUGGCAGACAUUCUUGUGCAGGUCAAUGGUCGAAUUAAAAGCAGAGAGGGAUAUGCACCUGGUUCAGCCCAUCAUCGCUGUAAAGAGAUGUCAGAGUUCACCAGUUCCCUCUGUAAAGACCUCUACCUCUUCCCUAAGUACUACCCCAACAACUAGACACACGCACUCCCCAGGCACGAAGCACAUGCAGAACACACUGCCCUCAGAACUGAUUUUGAAGCAGUAGCAGGAGCUCAGCGCACAUGUGUACAUCCAUCACCUGCUGUACGCUCCGCACACAACACACAGAGUCAUGUAAAUCUACUUACACCCAUUCCAUGUGUCAUCUGUUUCACAUUCCUCAGCACAAUGACAGGUUCAUUAGGAUGCGUGUGUGCAUUAUUUACAAUGGAUUUGCCAAGAUAGAUCAGUUUUUAGUUCAGGUUUUUUUUUUAUUAUUGCAUUAAUUUUCUUCUGGAUGCACUUAAAAUUUAUUCUUUAUUUUUAUUUUUUUGCUUUGCUCUUUUUUUUUAACCAGUGAAAUUGCUAAGAGUGAAGAUGCCAUUUGUGAGAAAUAUGUGAAAAAAAUCCAUUUGUUGGUUUCAUGAUUUUAUAGGGGGAGAUUGGGGUUAAAAAUAACCCCGAAUGAAAUAUAUUUUUUUAUUCCAAUAUUUUUUUUUAUUCAACAGCUGUAUAAAAUGCCACAGAAUUACCCUUUUUUUUAACCAAAGCCAACAUUUUAUCAGUCUUUUGUUUUAUCAGAUAUAUUUGUUUUCGAUUGUUUUCGAUUUACUUUGUACAGUUUUUUUUUUUUUUUUUUCUUUCAGUAAUUCAAGUUCUGUAUAUUUUGUAAUUGUGGAGCCUUUUUAUAGCCAACCCAUAAACUUGUUGGUACAUUCAGAGCAGCUGUCACACAUACACGGUUGUAUGCAUACACAUGCAUAGUAAUAUUAUGCCAGUACUAUACUAAACCCCUCCAUACCAUUUCACUCAUUGGAUUGGAGCGGAGCAGAUCUGCUCUUACUUUCCUCAGUGCAGCUUUACAUGCAUUGUAUCAACAUCAGUAUAACUUUAAAUUAAUGUUUUUUUUUUUAAGUGCUGUGGCAUGACAUCUGUUAAUUUUCUUUAGUAACCCUGCAUUCACCAUGGCAGCUUUACUGAACUUUAAUAGGGCUUCCUGACUCAAAGUUAAAAGUUAAACUAUUUCUCCAUUUUGGUUGGCAUAUAAAAGCUAUUUUUAAAAACAUAUCAAUAUACUUGAUCAUUCUGUUGAUAUUCAUGCAAUUCUAAAACUUCCAGAUUUCGGUUACAUUCCAAAUGGUGUUUCCACUCGUUUUCAAGGCAGAGUAUUGUCAAAAAGAAGUAUAUAUAUAUCCUCACAAUAUGUUUCCUAAUUGUGCCUGUACACAUGCAUAUUUCUUUUACUCUUGCACAUUACUUUUCACUUUAAACAUUCUCUGUGCCAAUGAAUGCACGUUAUGGAGACUGAAAGUAUGCUGUCUUAAUGAAAAGCCUGCAGGUGGCGAUAGAGAGCUUUUGUACUUCAUCAGCUCACCUUGUGUUAUUUAGAGGUUCUAGGGUUUAGACACCGUCUUCCUGUUCUGCACACACCACAUUAUUCCUCCUGGGAAUGUGGACUGUAAAUUUGAGUGUGCUGUUUCAUCUGUGCAUGUGUCUUCCUGAGCCAGUAGGCAUGACCUUUAGGUUAAAGGUCAUACCUUUGACCUUUUGACACUGCCAUGGCAUCCAUUUCACAUUUGUCACCCUUACCAUAGGUUAUCACUCAACAUGAUUUUUUUAUUUUACUGUACUGUUUUAGAAGCCAAAAUGUUUGAUGUAGAUGUACACUGUUCAUGCUGAUAUUGCUUUCAAGCAACUGUUGCUUUGUCGAGUUUUAUUUUUAUAUUUUAACUUAGCAGCUUCUUUGAGCUGGGUGAAUAAUAUGGGCAUAGGUUCAUGUUAAACAAACAUUAAAAUCCUAAAUAUAAAGUGACGGGCUGGUGCAGAUAAAUAAUUUAUAAAAGAUUACGUUCAUAAUGGGGAAAAGUGCCAUGAUAAUUUAGAAAAAAGUAUUCAAACAAAUUACUGCUUAUUUGAUGAAAUACUAGUCAUUUUCAUCAGUCAUAAAAAAACAAAUCUAAAGUAAGAAACAGAAAAUGUAUAUACUAGGAAAAUGUAUUCAUUUCAGACCCAAAGUUUUGCUAUACUGUGUUUGAAAGUAUUUUUUUUAAUCCUGCAGUCAUUCCAUUGAGAGAACGCCAGCACAUUUACAGUAUGUUCUCCAAAACCAGCCUAACUUGGUUUUAAACAACUCCCCUAACUGUAUUUAUAGAUGAUCAGUGUAUUUCUCAGGCUGUGUUCACCUGGUUUUGAAUGUGUGUUCAGAAUUGUAAUGGUGAAAGCGUUGUGACAUUCAGCCCUUCAGGUUCUAGUUGUAGCAAAUGUUUAAAAGUUCCCCUAUGAAGGUAUUAAAACCCACGAUGGACAUAGAUACAUAUUAUAUAAUCCAGUCCCUGCCAGACGAGUGCCUAGCAAACUUGAUAUGAAAUGGUUUAUUCACUGCCUUUUUCAUCUGUACUAACCAACUAUGAAGGGUGCUUAAAGAAACUUUAGGGAAACUGUCAUUUUUGUAUUUUUGUAAUGCGAAAGCUGCCAUCUAAUAAAGAAAUACUGUUCCAAAGA